UUGCAGUUUGCGGAAUGUAGGGCAAAGCACUUUGAUGAGUGAUACUGGGGAGAGAGCAAGGCUGUGAUUCUGUCGCUCAAAAUCUCUCAACGGAGAAAGAAAUCCUGAAAUUGGAUCAUCAUCAUCAUCACACAGAGAGAGAGAGAGAGAGAGAGAGAGAGAGAGAAGGAGAGGGAGAAUGGAAGCAAUAGAUUUUGAGGAGAAAGAUUUCUUGGCAUGUUGUGGGAGCACGAGAUUCGCAAAGCAGAUGACCUCUUCCGCCCCUUUCUCAACCUACGACGAAGCUGUCGAUGCCGCUAGAGAUAUCUGGUUUAACAAGGUUGAUGUCAAUGGAUGGCUAGAAGCAUUCGCAGCUCAUCCCCAGAUCGGUCAAUCUCCCUCCCCUCACCACAAAAGUCCCACCAGUGCAGAGUGGAGCAAAGGAGAGCAAUCGACUGCUUUGGCCACUGCUACCGGUUAUACCAUGGAGGAACUAGCUGAUUGGAAUAGUCGGUAUCAGCAGAAGUUUGGAUUUGUUUUCCUUAUAUUUGCCUCUGGGAGGAGUACCCCUGAAAUACUUGCAGAGCUGAAGAAACGUUACCAAAACAGGCCUCUAGUUGAGUUUGAGAUUGCAGCUGGGGAGCAAAUGAAAGUCACUGAACUACGUCUUGCCAAGCUUUUUUCAACUAGAGCAGAGGGUGCUUUGGCAACUACUGCUCAAUGCACUGCAGAUGUUGCAACAACAGCCAGAGAAGAUCGUGUGAACAUCAUUGGAUCACAUCUAACUGCUUCAUCUGGGGCUCCUAUUCUAAAGCCAUCGCAAAUUUCGGCUAGGAGUCGCCCACCCAUUACGACUCAUGUUCUGGAUGUUUCUCGUGGGUCCCCUGGGGUUGGUAUUGAAGUCCGAUUAGAAAUGUGGAAAUGUGUAAAAACCCGUCCAACAUUUGGUGAAACAGAAACAGGCAAUUGGUUACUUCAAGGGUCUUCAACGACGGACAAAGAUGGACGAAGCGGUCAGCUGAUGGAUAUAGUCGAUGCUUUGAAGCCGGGGACAUACCGAAUAAGCUUCAAUACAGGUAAAUAUUCACCCGGCAGUUUCUUUCCGUAUGUAUCUAUCGUGUUCGAGGUUGGGGAGUCACAGCAGUGGGAGCAUUUCCAUGUUCCUCUGCUGCUUUCACCAUUCUCUUUCACCACUUACCGGGGAAGCUAGAAAGUCUCUAUUGUCUGUAACAUGCUUACUUUCUAUCACUUUCUAUUAUAUGCUGUAGCUGAGAGAUGUGGGAUGGGUGUACUGUGUUUUUAUUUAUUUCAGUUCAUGUAUAAAAGUAUCAUGGUUUAUGAUU